UCUUUCUCUAUCAUAUACACACUUUGAGCUUUACUGUUGAGUGUUGAGGCAUUGGGGAAAAAAGAAGAAGAAGAAUAUGAGAGUUUCAAGUUCGUUCUUGGCAUCCUUAGUUCUUGUUCUGGUUUUCUCAGUGGCUAAUGGAGACCCUCUCGUUCCUGCAGUCAUUAUAUUUGGGGACUCUGUUGUUGAUGUUGGGAACAACAACAAUCUCAAUACACUUAUCAAGGCAAACUUCCCACCGUAUGGAAGAGAUUUUGUUACUCACAGGCCAACUGGAAGAUUCUGUAACGGAAAGCUGGCUACAGACUUCACCCCUGAGUACCUCGGAUUUACUUCAUACCCUCCAGCUUACCUCAGUCGAGAUGCCAAAGGAAAUGAUCUCCUGACUGGAGCCAACUUUGCUUCAGCUGCUUCUGGUUUAUAUGAUAGAACUGCAAACCUAUAUCGAGCCAUUCCAUUGACCCAGCAGUUGAAUUACUACAAGGAGUACCAGACGACAGUGGCGAACAUGGUGGGAAAAGCUAAAGCAAAUGAUAUAGUCGCUGGCGCCAUACAUCUUUUGAGUGCAGGAAGCAGUGAUUACAUUCAGAACUACUACAUCAAUCCUAUGCUGAAUAGAGUAUAUACACCAGAUCAAUUCUCCGACAUUCUCAUAAGAUCCUACUCUACCUUCAUUCAGAAUCUGUACGGACUUGGAGCGAGGAGGAUAGGAGUGACAACCCUACCACCAACAGGCUGUUUGCCUGCAGCCAUCACCCUAUUUGGUGGAGGAAGUAACCAGUGUGUUACGAGGUUAAACCAAAAUGCCGUUGCCUUCAACAAUAAACUGAACAGCACAUCCCAAAGUCUUCUGGACAAGAUGCCUGGCCUCAAACUCGUGGUCUUUGACAUAUACCAGCCUCUUUUGGACAUGGUCAUGAAGCCCGCUGAUAAUGGGUUCUUUGAGUCAAGAAGGGCUUGCUGUGGAACGGGUACACUAGAAACCUCCCUGCUUUGCAAUGACAGGUCUCUGGGGACAUGCACCAAUGCUACAUCAUAUGUGUUUUGGGAUGGAUUCCAUCCCUCCGAAGUUGGCCAAGUCUUGGCAGGCAAUUUGCUAGCACAGGGUGUGUCCCUCAUCUCUUGAAGAAGCUAUUCCCUUCGUGGUCAUACAAUGGGGAAACAAAGGAAAGAAGAAACUACCACCUGCUCUUGUAAUCUUCUCAUAUGUAGCACAUUAGAUAUUACUAGAAUACAUACUUCAUCUGUCACCUGUUUUAACAGGAGAAUUUUUGUAGCUUCACAAGUAAAACCUUAUUUAUGCUUGCAGCACGGGUGCAUUGCUGCUUUUCUGUCAGGAAAGUUUAUGCUUUUAUCCUUGCCUCAAUAAGCUAUGAUUACCGUUAGUUUUGUGAACAAUCAGUUAACUUGUUCUGAGUAUGGCCAACAAAUGCAAGCCCUUAUAUAAUAAGCAUUAAGGAAUUAUUUUAAC